AUGAUGAAUGCAGAAGCAAGACCACAAGCCGAUACUUUACCAUGUUUAUUUGCUACACUUACUGAGAUAUACUCAAGUUCAAGCCCGUUAUCACUAUGUGAAACCAAACAGAAACAACAAUGGCGGCAUGCAACAGGAAAAGUGGCAUUUGAACAGAUAAGUUCCUUUGCUGAAUAUUUUCCGGAAUUAGUACCAUUAAGAAAUAAAUCUAUUCAUAUAAAUCAACGUAAACGAUUAUGGCAUACUAUUGACAAAAAUGUGUCACAACUAUUGACGGCUGAUGAUACACCUCAAUUAAAAGCUGUCAAUGAAAUUGGGAUUCAAGUUUCUUUACCACACUCAGAUAUGGAUAGCCUUUUAUUACAAUUAUCUCAGAAUGAAGUGAACUUAUAUGCUUUAGAAUUUCAACGGCA